GUUAGAAGAAGGUGUGGUGGAGAGGGCUCAGGGUGAUUUCUAGGCUUCUUGGUGGCACGUAUGGGUGGACUGUGGCACUGUUUACUGAGAUGGGGAAGCAGGGUGGGAUGCUGGCAGGAGCAGGGUGUUAUUCUAGGUUGGAGGUGGAAAGUAAGGUUUUCUCUUGACUCAAAGUAGUGGGAGAAGUCUGACACAUCCAAGGGUCAUUAGCAAGAAGACACCGGGCAGAAGAAUCUGGAGCCCAGAGGAGAGCUCAGGAUGCAGGUGAAGAGAUUAUAAAUCUUCUACUGAAUGAAAAAACCUUUCUUAAAGUUACAUAUAGUCCAAGAAAAAACCCCCAAAUGUUUUUAGAGUUUGUUUGAAUAUAGAAUUAAGCAAGAAGUUUCCGUAGAAGGAUUUAUCCACUUUGCCAUGUGUCCCUCUAGUUUGCAGUCUCUAACUGUGUGAUUCCCUGUGUUUGCUGCCUGCUCUGCCACCUCCUCCUUGUAUGAGCUUCGUGGCCGUCACCAUGUUCUGGAAGUUUGACUUGAACACCACGUCCCACGUCGACAAGCUGUUGGAUAGGGAGGAUGUGACGCUGCGCGAGUUAAUGGAUGAAGAUGAUAUCCUGCAGGAGUGCAAGGCUCAGAACCAGAAGCUGCUGGGCUUCCUCUGCAGGCAGCAGUGUAUGGAGGAGCUGGUGAGCCUCAUUACACAGGACCCGCCCCUGGACAUGGAGGAGAAGGUCCGCUUCAAGUACCCAAACACAGCCUGUGAGCUGCUGACGUGUGACGUGCCACAGAUCAACGACAGACUAGGAGGGGAUGAGACUCUGCUGAACCUUCUGUAUGAUUUCUUGGACCACGAGCCGCCUCUCAAUCCUCUGCUCGCCAGUUUUUUCAGCAAGACCAUUGGCAAUCUCAUUGCAAGAAAAACUGAACAGGUGAUUCAGUUCUUGAAGAAGAAGGACGGGUUCCUCAGCCUGGUGCUGAAGCACAUCGGCACCUCGGCCCUCAUGGACCUGCUGCUGCGCCUGGUCAGCUGCGUGGAGCCAGCUGGGCUCCGGCAGGACGUCCUGCACUGGCUUAAUGAAGAGAAGAUCAUCCAGAGACUCGUGGAAUUGAUCCACCCGAGUCAGGAUGAAGAUAGACAGUCCAACGCCUCUCAGACCCUGUGUGACAUCAUCAGGCUGGGCAGAGAGCAGGCCAGUCAGCUGCAGGAGGCUCCAGAGCCCGACCGUCUCCUCACAGUGCUGGAGUCGCAGGACUGCGUGGAGCAGCUUCUGAAGAACAUGUUUGACGGAGACCAGACUGAGAGCUGCCUCGUUAGUGGGACUCAGGUGUUACUUACCUUGCUGGAAACAAGGCGGGCUGGGACAGAGGGCUUGGUGGACUCCUUUUCUCAGGGACUGGAAGGGCUGUGUACCGUCAGCAGCAGCGUACUGCACGGCAUUGAGCCACGACUGAAAGACUUCCACCAGCUUCUGCUCAGCCCGCCAAAGAAAAAAGCAAUCCUGACCACCAUUGGCGUGCUGGAGGAGCCCCUGGGGAACGCCCGUCUGCAUGGUGCCCGCCUCAUGGCUGCACUGCUGCACACGAACACCGCCAGCAUCAACCAGGAGCUCUGCCGGCUCAACACCAUGGGCUUACUGCUGGACCUGUUUUUUAAGUACACCUGGAAUAACUUCUUGCAUUUCCAAGUGGAACUAUGCAUAGCCGCUAUCCUGUCCCACGCUGCCCGGGGGGACAGGGCAGAAGCCAGUGGACCGGACAGUAGGGUGGAGCUUCUGCCGGGGAAUGGGGACCCAGAGACCCCCCAGCCUGCUGCCAGCCUCCCCGAGAACACCAUGGUGACCCAUCUGUUCCAGAAGUGCUGCUUAGUCCAGAGGAUCCUGGAGGCCUGGGAAGCCAACGAUCAUGCACAGGCAGCGGGCGGCAUGCGGCGCGGCAACAUGGGCCACCUUACCCGGAUCGCCAACGCGGUGGCCCAGAACCUGGAGAGGGGUCCCAUGCAGACCCACAUCUGCGAAGUCAUCCGAGGGCUCCCUGCGGACUGCCGAGGGCGCUGGGAGAACUUUGUGGAGGAGACCCUGGCGGAGACCAACCGCAGGAACGCUGUGGACCUGGUAAGCACCCACCACCUUCACCCCUCGAGUGAGGAUGAGGACAUGGAGGGCGUUUUCCCUAAUGAGCUGUCCCUGCAGCAGGCUUUCUCCGAGUACCAGGUCCAGCAGAUGACAGCCACCUUCGUGGAUCAGUUUGGCUUCAACGACGAGGAGUUUGCUGACCAGGAUGACAGUGUCAAUGCCCCCUUUGAUAGGAUCGCCGAGAUCAGCUUCAGCGUCGACGCUGACGAGGACAGUCCCAGUGCGGCUCUGUUUGAGGCCUGCUGCGGUGACCACAUCCAGCCCUUUGAUGACGACGAGGAGGAUGACAUCUGGGAGGACAAGGAGAUGCACUGCACUGCCCGGGUGACAGCCAGAGCCAGGUUUGGGGGUCCUCACACCUCAGAGAGCUGCUCCAAGAACGGCCUGGAGCGUGGAAGCCAGGACAGGAAGGAGGUUUUGGAAGCAGACAAGGGUGCUGCUCGGGCGGGUGCCCCUCUGGCCUCUACCCAGAAGGAAGGUCCUCGCUUGGAGGGUGGCUCAGGAGCAGGCACCUCGUGGACGGUGUUUGAUGAGCCAGUGAACUCACCGGUGCCGGCCCCGGGAGUGGCGGUGGACGUGGGUUCCAACGUGUGGGCAGCCAGCACCCCCAGCCCCUCGGCUUUGGAGGAAAAAGGCUGGGCCAAGUUCACCGACUUCCAGCCUUUCUGCUGCUCCGAGUCGGGGCCCCGGUGCAGCUCCCCGGUGGACAUGGGCCACGGUGAUUCCCAGGAUGGCCCAAACCAGGGCCCAGAGAGAGCCCUAGGCCCGGCUUCCCCGUGUGCCUGGAGCACGUGUGUCACCAGGAAGGCCCCGCUGGUCUCUGACAGCAGUGAGGACGAGCAGAAGAUGGCUGGUGCCUUGGAAGCUGUCAGUUUGGGUCCCAGCCAGGAAGCCCCCCCGCUGCCCGCAUCAGUCCCCAGGUCAGUGUCUGCCCCACUCAAGCUGCACCUCAGAAAAGCCCCAGGACGGGGGCGUCUGAAGACCUCGCUGGUUCACAUGCACCGUCACUGCAGGCAUCCUCCCUGCAAGCUUCUCCCCACGUAUCCCUCCCUCACGCACAGGAAGAAGGUCCAGGCCUUCGGAAUCUAUCAUUGGACAGACAGACCCCUAGCUGGGCCUGGUGGGGUGGGGGGACCGCGUAAGGAGCUGUGAGUUGUGAAAAUAGGGAAUUGGGGACCGAUGGGCACCUGAGAGAGGUGGUGGUAGAGCUGAAGCUUAUGGGGCAAGGGUGGAGGCCCCCAGCCGAAUCCCAGCAGGAGGGGACAGGGACCAGAUGUGUGACCUCGUGAGGGGCAUGGUCUCUGAGAGAAACAGCACCUGUGGGCUCUCCUUCCCCCAGAGCCCACUGCCCCAGCCCUGGUGGUCCCAAAUGGUUUUGGGCUUGGUCCAUCCCAUUGUUGUGGGGGUCCAGCUCUGGCUCACGGCACCCUCGUUCUCAGGACCCCAGACGACAUGGCCUGUCGUUAGCCCCCUGCCCUUGGGGGGCACAGCCCGGAGCCGGCGGGGCCUCAGUGACUGUUUACGAGCAUGGGUCAGGCAAGGGGACAGGGCACCAGGACCCGAGCGGUGGUUCUUGGGUAACAGGUGCACAUCAGGUUCUUGAAUGCGUUUAAUUCUCUCAAAGUUCAGAAUCACUGCAAGUCUUAAAACCUCUUCCUCUUUUCCUGACUCCCCUAAAAACCGCCUCUGCUCUGAAAAGCAAGUAUUGUCAUUGUGAAAGCAAGCCGUGUAUCCCAGGGCCAUCUGCAUGAGCAUUCCCAGCCAGCCCGUGGUGAGCCCCGUCUGUGCCCAUCUAGGCCGACACGUGGUCACCAGGCUUUAACGGACAGUCUGUUUCUUCUGCUGUCCGUGGCCGCUCCAGCCUCGCGGGCUCCCAGGGGUCUUGUACGGUUAGAGGUGGUCUCACGUGUACCAGAAGCAAGCACUGGGCAGGUGUGGGCUGAACAGGGGAGCCGCGGGCUCACUCUCCUGGGCUGCAGUGAGGAGGGCCGUGAAGACCAGAGCCCAGGGCCAGUGUCCUGAGGUCACCCAUCCUUCUCCAGGUGUGGGAGGGAGCGUUUCUGGGCACAUGGCCUGUAGGCCUUCCCAUAACGGGGGGGAAGCACGCCACCUGGAAGGUCUGAGGGUUCAGUGGACAGGCAGGUUGUCUCUGGUGUUUCUAGCACUUGGUGGCAGAGCUGCCUUGGCCAGGUGGGUCCCUGGGCUACCCUGGAGGUGGCCCAGGACACUGGGGCCUGCGUUUGCCAUACAGGGCCGACUGCACUGCCAGCACGCCGUCAGACCCCACCUCCCCCGCACCUGCAGAAGCAAACUUCGCCCCGGCUGUGGCUGUCCCCCCUGAGGCUGCUGUGGCGGCUACCCCAGCACUGAGCAAGGCCAGCCCCGCCCCAGC